CUUAACGCUCUUACUUUGAAAAGAGAUAAAGCGGAAGUUGUUUGUUGUGCUUAGCGAGCUUGAUGCUUGUUGAGUCUUGUCCGGAGAGAAAAAAAAGUCUUAUUUUGUGUCAUUUUCUCUGACGGACCAAGCGGCGGCCGCGAUGUCUCCAGAUUCCUGCGUCGAGAAGAAGUCGAGGUGAAACAAGAGUCCGCGCACAACAACGAUGGCGUUCUUCGCGAAAAAGAAGAAAUUCAAGUUCCAGACUCAUCUGACGCUGGAGGAGCUGAGCGCGGUUCCGUUCGUCAACGGAGUCCUCUUCUGUAAAGUCCGCCUGCUGGACGGAGACUUUACGGCCACGUCCUCCAGACAGGAGGUCCGGGAGAACUGCGUGCGCUGGAGGAAGAGGUUCUCCUUCGUGUCCAAGAUGAGCGCCAACCCACACACGGGAGUGCUGGACCCUUCCGUGUGCAGAGUGUCUGUCAGGAAGGAGCAGAAAGGAGGCAAAGCAUACACGAAGCUGGGCUUCACAGACCUCAACAUGGCGGAGUUUGCGGGCUCGGGCUCGGCGGUGCGCUGCUGCCUUCUGGAAGGAUACGACACCAAGAACACGCGGCAGGACAACUCCAUACUCAAGGUUAUCAUCGGGAUGACCCUCCUGUCAGGAGACCCCUGCUUCAAAACUCCUCCCAGCACCGCCAAGUCCAUCUCCAUCCCGGGACGCGAGCACACCCUGCAGCUGGACUGCAAGGGGGAGGGGACCGCCCAACCCGGGCCGGCCGGAGGGAUUUCCCUGGGCCGGACCCCCAAACCUCGACCCUCCGUCGUCAGCUCGGGUCUCCUGGAAGACCCUGAAGGGAACCCCUGCAGUCCGGGAGAAGUCUUCCAGUCGGGCCACUCCAGGAACUCCAGCUACGCCAGCCAGCACAGCAGAAUCUCAGGCUACAGCACAGAGCACUCCUGCUCCUCCAGCUUGUCUGACCUGACCCACCGCAGGAACACCUCCACCGGCAGCAGCACCUCGGGGGGGCCGGGGACCUUGACUGCCGAGGGGGACGGAGACAAGGAGGCGGGGCGCUUGGAGAGACCCCCCCGGCCCCCCAGGCCCAUCCUACACACCAACAGGCCUCCAAGGAGGAAGCAGGACUCGGUGGAAAGUCGGCCAUCUUGGGUGAACGACACCCGCAUGGACGCCGACGACAUCGUGGAGAAAAUUGUCCAAAGCCAAAACUUUGCCGACGUUAGCAACACUGAAGACAGCAACCUGCGUCUGUUCGUCAACAGAGACGGCAGCACCGCGCUCAGCGCCAUCCGGCUGGGGAACAGGGUCUCGGCGGGGGGCUACGAGCCCGUGGUGAUCGAGAGCCACUGAAGUCCGCACUUUAACGCUGGUCACGAGCGUCUCACCCCUGAAGCACUUUGUGUCCGUACAGGUUUCUCUCCUGAAGCGCCUCGCGUAGACGGGCUCGCUAGUGACGGUCAGGGGAAGCCAUUUUGUGUCUUCACAUUCUUGUUGCCGCUAGCUAAAGGUGUGGCCUUUUCUUCAAAGUUCAUGUCGAAUCUCUGCUGCCCCCUGGUGGAGCAGCCGCACCAAGACACAUGAAAGUACACACCUUUUGUUUUCAACACAAACAAGAUGUUUUUGUCUUGCCUUUUAAAAGAUUUUACACGUUUUUUCUCCCCACUCAAAUCUCUACCAAAAACACGUUUUUGUAGCUCUUUUUCACGAUGGCUGACGGGGACAAACUCGCGGUAACUCCCAACUACCCAGAAGCUUAGCUGGCUAACUUCUGAGUAGUCUGGCAGGUUUAACAACUGGCAGCUUGGCUAACUUUUUGGUAACCUAGCUAACUAACAUUUGGUAGCCUAACUAGCUAACAUUUGGUAACUUGGCUAACUUCCCGGUAUCAAAAUGUAUCAAUUCCUGGUAGCUUCGCUAACUUACUAGUUGCCUAGCUGGUCAUAACUUCCUUGUAGUCUAGUUGGCUAACAACUGGCAGCUUGGCUAACUUUUUGGUAACCUAGCUAACUGACAUUUUGUAGCCUAGCUAACUAACAUUUGGUUACUUGGCUAAAUUCCCGGUACCAAAAUUUAUCAAUUCCUUGUAGCUUCGCUAACUUACUAGUUUCUUAGCUGGCUAUAACUUCCUUGUAGUCUAGUUGGCUAACAACUGGCAGCUUGGCUAACUCUUUAGUAACCUAGCUAACUAGCAUUUGGUAGCCUAACUAGCUAACAUUGGGUAACUUGGCUAACUUCCCGGUAUCAAAACUUAUCAAUUCCUGGUAGCUUUGCUAACUUACUAGUUUCCUAGCUAGCUAUAACUUCCUAGUAGUCUAGAUGGCUAACAACUGGAAGCUUGGCUAACUUCCUGGCAGCUUGGCUAACUACCUAGAAGCUUAGCUGGCUAACUUCCUCGUAGUCUGGCUGGCUUACACCUGGCAGCUUAGCUAACUUUUUGGUAACCAAGCUAUCUAAAAUUUGGUAGUAUAGCUAGCUAACAUUUGGUAACUCGGCUAUCUUCCCAGUAACCAAACUGGCUCUUUCUGGUAGCUUCGCUAACUUACUAGUUGCCUAGCUGGCUAACAACUGGCAGAUUGGCUAACUUCCUGGUAGCGUAGCUUUGUUAACUUCCCUGUAAUGUAGCUUAGCUAACUUCCUGGCUGCUUGGCUAACUACCUAGAAGCAUAGCUGGCUAACUUCUUAGUAGUCUGGCUGGCUUACACCUGGAAGCUUGGCUAACAUUUUAGUAACCUAGCUAACUAACAUUUGGUAGCUUAGCUAGCUGACAUUUGGUAACUUGGCUAACUUCCCAGUAGCCAAACUGGCUCAAUUCCUGGUAGUUCCGCUAACUUACUAGUUGCCUGGCUGGCUAUAACUUCCUUGUAGUCUAGUUGGCUAAUAACUGGCAGCAUGGCUAACUUUUUGGUAACCUAGCUAACUAACAUUUGGUAGCCUAGCUAGCUAAUAUUUGGUAACUUGGCUAACUUUCCAGUUGCCAAACCUGCUCUAUAACUUCCUAGUAGUCUAGCUGGCUAACAACUGGCAGCUUGGCUAACUUCCUGGCAGCUUGGCUAACUACCUAGAAGCUUAGCUGGCUAACUUCCAAGUAGUCUGGCUGGCUUACACCUGGAAGCUUGGCUAACUUUUUGGUAACCAAGCUAUCUAAAAUUUGGUAGUAUAGCUAGCUAACAUUUGGUAACUCUGCUAUCUUCCCAGUAGCCAAACUGGCUCUUUCUGGUAGCUUCGCUAACUUACUAGUUGCCUAGCUGGCUAUAACUUCCCAGUAGUCUAGCUGACUAACAACUGGCAGCUUGGCUAACUUCCUGGCAGCUUGGCUAACUACCUAGAAGCUUAGCUGGCUAACCUCCUAGUAGUCUGGGUGGCUUACACCUGGAAGCUUGGCUAACUUUUUGGUAACCAAGCUAUCUAAAAUUUGGUAGUAUAGCUAGCUAACAUUUGGUAACUCUGCUGUCUUCCCAGUAGCCAAACUGGCUCUUUCUGGUAGCUUCGCUAACUUACUAGUUGCCUAGCUGGCUAACAACUGGCAGAUUGGCUAACUUCCUGGUAGCGUAGCUUUGUUAACUUCCCUAUAACGUAGCUUAGCUAACUUCCUGGCUGCUUGGCUAACUACCUAGAAGCAUAGCUGGCUAACUUCUUAGUAGUCUGGCUGGCUUACACCUGGAAGCUUGGCUAACAUUUUAGUAACCUAGCUAACUAACAUUUGGUAGCCUAGCUAGCUGACAUUUGGUAACUUGGUUAACUUCCCAGUAGCCAAACUGGCUCAAUUCCUGGUAGUUCCGCUAACUUACUAGUUGCCUGGCUGGCUAUAACUUCCUUGUAGUCUAGUUGGCUAAUAACUGGCAGCAUGGCUAACUUUUUGGUAACCUAGCUAACUAACAUUUGGUAGCCUAGCUAGCUAACAUUUGGUAACUUGGCUAACUUUCCAGUAACCAAACUGGCUCUUUCUGGUAGCUUUGCUAACUUACUAGUUGCCUAGCUGGCUAACAACUGGCAGAUUGGCUAACUUCCUGGUAGCGUAGCUUUGUUAACUUCCCUGUAACGUAGCUUAGCUAACUUCCUGGCUGCUUGGCUAACUACCUAGAAGCAUAGCUGGCUAACUUCUUAGUAGUCUGGCUGGCUUACACCUGGAAGCUUGGCUAACAUUUUAGUAACCUAGCUAACUAACAUUUGGUAGCCUAGCUAGCUGACAUUUGGUAACUUGGCUAACUUCCCAGUAGCCAAACUGGCUCAAUUCCUGGUAGUUCCGCUAACUUACUAGUUGCCUGGCUGGCUAUAACUUCCUUGUAGUCUAGAUGGCUAAUAACUGGCAGCAUGGCUAACUUUUUGGUAACCUAGCUAACUAACAUUUGGUAGCCUAGCUAGCUAACAUUUGGUAACUUGGCUAACUUUCCAGUUGCCAAACCUGCUCUAUAACUUCCUAGUAGUCUAGCUGGCUAACAACUGGCAGCUUGGCUAACUUCCUGGCAGCUUGGCUAACUACCUAGAAGCUUAGCUGGCUAACUUCCUAGUAGUCUGGCUGGCUUACACCUGGAAGCUUGGCUAACUUUUUGGUAACCAAGCUAUCUAAAAUUUAGUAGUAUAGCUAGCUAGCGUUUGGUAACUCGGCUAUCUUCCCAGUAGCCAAACUGGUUCUUUCUGGUAGCUUCGCUAACUUACUAGUUGCCUAGCUGGCUAACAAUUGGCAGAUUGGCUAACUUCCUGGUAGCAUAGCUUUUCUAACUUCCUGGUAACGUAGCUGUGUUAACUUUCUGGCAGCUUGGCUAACUACCUAGAAGCAUAGCUGUAUAACCUACUAGUAGUCUGGCUGGCUUACACCUGGUAACUUGGCUAACUUCCCAGUAGCCAAACUGGCUCAAUUCCAGGUAGUUUCGCUAACUUACUAGUUGCCUGGCUGGCUAUAACAUCCUAGUAGUCUAGCUGGCUAUCAACUGGCAGAUUGGCUAACUUCCUGGUAGCCGAGCUAGCUAGCAUUUGGUAGCUUGGCUAACUUUCUAGUGGCAAAACUGGCUCACAUCCCGGUAGCUUGGCUAACUUACUCGAUCCGUAGCGGGCUACAACUUCCUAAUAGCUUAAAUGUCUAUUUUCCUGGUAGCGUAGCUGGCUAACACCUGACAGCUCGGCUAACUUCCUAGUAGCCUGCCUAACUGUUGUUUCCCCCCCCCACGUGAACCUGUGGACUUUGUCAGUUUUAGUGGUUUUUAGGGUUUUUUGUGUCUGUCAGCCACCGUACAUUUCCACUCAAAAAGAGUUCCAGUAAGGAUUUGUUUCCUGUUUACAAUUUGCGAGGUUUUCCAAGCCAAGCUGCAGUUUUUUUGUGUUUGUGGCGCUGCUUUCUUUAUUAGUGAACUGACACGUUUUGUUUGAGUUUGCGUCGUUUAGGGACAAACCACUGAUGGUCUUUUCUGGCCUUGUCGGGUUAAUGCCACCACACUUCUUCUCUAAAAGCACACGUUUCUAUUUUUGUCUCAGUAUUCUGUGAUGGUUCAGACCGGAGGAUAGCUACGAGCACACCCUUUGACUCCCGCUUUCCUUCUAGAAAUUGUAAUAUUGUAUAAUAACAAAGAUACUACGAGUUAUAGAGAAUGACGCAACUUUCGUUGGAGAAGUCACUUUAAACAAUAAAAAUCUACUCUUACAA